AUGGACAAGAUCAAGGAGAAGGUCAAAGGCGUCGGCAAGGGCGAUCAACGCGCAGAGCAAGAAUUCCAACCCAGCACCUCCAGCGGCUCUACCCAGCCCAAAACCGUCGGGGAGCUCCAACCGGAUAGCGGACCACAGGAGAGCACGACCAAGGAGGAACUGCAGCCCAACCGGGGUAUCGAGACUCAAACCACGAAGGAGGAACUCCAGCCAGGGCGUGGAACCGCCGUUCAUGCCACGAAGGAGGACCUACAGCCGGGCAGUGGGCCGGAGGAGAGUGUAACGAAGGAGGAGUUUGAGCCGCGUAGCGGGCAUUGA